ACUAUUAAAGGUUAAGGAAACAAGAGAUGCGCGCAUUACUUAGACUAUCUGUGAAAACAGAAGGUCCGUUUUUGAUUAUGUCAGGGCUACAGCCAGGAGAAGUUGUUUCUCAAAAACAAAAAUUGUUCGAAUCUUUGAAAGGAGGGGAUAAACAAGUGCGCAACAAUGAAGAUGGUUACGUACACAAGUUAGACGACUUAAAACGCUUACAAAGGUUUCUCAUUAUGGGAACUGAAGGCGGGAGUUAUUACGCGAAAGAACAAACAUUAACACGGGAAAACAUCGAAUGUCUCGACAGACUAAUAAAAGAUGGUAAAGGUCUACAAGCCGUUAAUGAGAUAAAAGAGGUCAGUGUUAACAGACGUAACGUAAAGCAGAAUUCUGUAUUACUUGCAUACUCGAUAUGUGCAAGAAAUAACGAUAAGGACACAAAAAGAGCCGCAUACGCCGUAAUAUCCGAAGUGUGCCGAAUACCAACACAUUUGUUCAUGUUUGUCAAAUUCUGUGAACAAGAAAGCAAGAAUGACAUAAAGGAUGCAGUCUUUGUGGGAUCAGGAUGGGGCAGAGCACAUAAGAGAGCUAUCAGUAAAUGGUACACAAACUUUGUAAAUCAGCCCGAAAAACUGGCUCGUUUGGUCUCAAAGUUUAAAAAUCGGGAAGGUUGGACUCAUAAAGAUUUGUUAAGGGUAUCACACACAAGUACUCGAGACAGAUCAGUUGGCUUUAUUUUAAGGUUCAUUGUCAGAGGAUUGGAAAAGGCGCGUGAAAUGUAUAUUGACAAUGCAAUGGACACGGACAAUGAUACUAUCUCACAACUUGACAGACUUGACAAACUAUUCACAGCUUUUGAAAAGGCAUCCAACUGUUCAGACGUGCAGGAACUUUGUUCUUUGGUCCGGGAAUACGAGCUCACAUGGGAACAGUGUAAUUCCGCCUUGUUGAAGAGUAAAGAGGUCUGGAUGGCUUUAUUGCCUCAUAUGCCGAUAGAAGCAGCCGUACGGAAUCUUGGAAGAAUGACAAGUUAUGGACUGUUUACUGAUAAAAGUGACAGCGAAAAACUUAUCCUAGAAAAGAUUCUAUCAAUAGGUACUUUGGAUGAAAGCGUUGCCCGCACAGAAAGUAAGAUAGACACCGAUGAUUCUGAGGCCAAAGGGGAUCAGAGCAGAGUUAAAGCUAAAAGGAAAAACUUGCUGCAUCCGUUCAAAAUAUUAUUGGCAAUAAUUACCUACAAAGCAGGGAAAGGUGACAAAGGAAGUCUCAAGUGGAUUCCAAACAAGAACAUAAUCAUGGCAUUGGAUACAGCCUUUUAUCAGGCCUUUGAAGGUGUUGAGCCCACGGGCAAGAAAUUUUACCUUGGUGUAGAUGUUAGUGGAUCUAUGUCACAAGGAGUUUUAGGAAUUGAGAAUAUGACGUGCGCAACAGCUGCAGCGGCCAUGAUGAUGGUCACGGCCAGGACAGAACAGAAUUGUAUUAUUAAAGGCUUCAGUUAUGAUAUGAGAAAUAUUGGCAUAAAGCCAACAGAUAGCCUUGCAGAAGUUGAGAAGAAAAUGAAUGUUAUACCUAUGGGGUCAACAGAUUGUGCGAAACCAAUGCUCGAUGCCAUGGAAAAUAAAAUUAAAGACAUUGAUGUGUUUGUGAUUUACACAGACAACGAAACAUGGUUCGGCCGAAUUCAUCCAUGUGAAGCUAUCAGACAGUACAGGAAGUACUCCGAGAGACCGAAUGCCAAGCUGGUUGUUGUUGGAAUGUGUGCCACAGAGUUCACUAUUGCCGACCAAGACGACCAGAACAUGAUUGACGUAGUAGGCUUUGACUCUGCUGCACCAAGACUUCUUUCAGAAUUUGCAUUGGACAGAAUAUAAAAAACUGCACAUUAUACA